GAACGCCCAAGGACGUGACGUUGGAAAGGGAAGUUACCCAAAUCCAGGACAUCCAUGCUUGAUCUAAAAACAACAAAAACGUUUUUUGGACUUAUUGUGGGUAAAUUGAAAUUCAGUCGACUAAUUGCAGCACUAUAUUAUUUGUGAGACCAACGUGGAGGGGGAAGACUGCUGACUUUCAGGGUAACGUUAGCAGUACACGUUUUCAAUAGCUAGCUAGCUAAGUUAGCUAACUGCACACGCGUGUGAAUCGGUGCCUCAGAUCAUAGCACUAGACUGGUAAAGAGGGACGUGUAAUCGCAUCCCACCAGUCACCAUGGCAGAGGAUACGUUGAUGUUGAACCUCUCGUCUGACUCAGCUCCAGCAUGUCACUCGAAGAGUUAUCAGAGACCAACGUCUCAGGAGAAAUGGGCUUUGAAAAAAGCACAGAAACGAAAAUACUCAGAAAUACAGAAAGGGUUACCUAAUAAACAGUUCAAUGGGCCUAAGACCAAGGACCAACAGCCCCCCGAGGACAUGGAAGAAGAGAAUGUAACAACCCAUAAAAACCCUGUCCGAAAGCCAGCACCAAAGGAUGCAGCCAAAGCCUUGUCCCCUGAGACCCCAAAACCUGCCCAGAGAUUCAAAGCCCAGACAAAAAUGACUCCAAAAAGUAAACAUGUUGGGGAACACAGAGGAGAGGACAGUGUGUUCAUAAAGACUUCGUCCCUCUUUAGAAAUAACCCAGAUAUCCCAGACGUCCACAGGCCUGCUGUGACCCAGCUGAAGGAGAGAGUCUUCACCAGCGACUCAUUUGCGGAGCUGGACCUUCACCCCCACCUGGUGGCGACGCUGACCAAAGUGCUGAAUGUGACCACUAUGACCAGUGUCCAGAAAGAGACCAUUCCUGUCCUCUUGUCUGGUCAAGACGCUGUCGUGCGCUCUCAAACAGGAUCGGGUAAAACUCUUGCCUACGGGAUACCGCUUGUUCAGUCUUUACAAGCAGUGGAACCAAAAAUUAAGAGAGGGGAUGGGCCUCUUGCUGUCAUCGUGGUCCCCACCAGAGAGCUGGCCCAGCAGAGCUUUCAGAUCUUCCAGAAGCUCCUCAAGCCUUUCACAUGGAUCGUGCCUGGAGUCCUGAUGGGGGGGGAGAAGAGGAAGGCAGAGAAAGCCAGGCUGCGUAAAGGGAUUAACAUUCUGAUCACCACGCCAGGCCGACUGGUGGACCACAUCAAGAACACGCUGAGCAUAGCCUUCAGCGCUGUCCGGUGGCUCAUCCUGGAUGAGGCUGACCGGAUUCUGGACCUGGGCUUUGAGAAGGAUCUGACAGUGAUCCUCAAUUCAUUGAAUGCCACUGGACCUCCCAGGCAGAACGUGCUCCUGUCUGCUACUCUUACAGAUGGCUUAUCCCGGUUAGCUGCGAUCAGCAUGAAGGAGCCGGUCAGCAUCCAGGUGGGAGAGAACUCUGAGGGGAUCAACAAUCUAACUCCGGACCCCACCACAGUCCAGGGCAAGUCGGACCGCUUUGCUGUUCCCGAGAUGCUGCAGCAGCACAUGGUGGUGGUUCCCAGCAAACUAAGGCUGGUCUGCCUGGCAGCCUUCAUCCUGUCCAAGUGCAAGUUUGAGAAGGGUCACAAGAUAAUUGUGUUUGUGUCGAGUUGUGAGGCAGUGGAGUUCCUGCUGAACCUUUUCAACGCCGUGCUCUCUGGGCCAAAAGCCAAACAGCAGCCUCCGCUCAGCUUCUUCCGUCUCCACGGCAACAUGAAGCAGGAGGAAAGGACAGAAGCUUUUCAAGAGUUCUCUCUCUGCAAGACUGGUAUUCUGCUCUGUACGGAUGUUGCAGCACGUGGACUUGACAUGCCUCAGGUGACAUGGAUUGUACAGUACAACCCUCCAACCACUCCAGCAGAGUACGUGCACCGCAUCGGGCGAACUGCCCGUAUAGGAGCUAAGGGAAGCAGCCUUCUCUUUCUCACCCCUGCUGAAAUGUCCUAUGUCACUUCUCUAGCAAAUCACAAUAUCAGCCUGUCCGAGAUGAAGAUGGAGAUGAUUCUGUCAACGCUAAUGCUGGACGACCGCUUCAAAGUCAGGGGAAAGUAUGACGGCAAGAAGUCUUCCGGGGCUCCGGAGCAGGAGGUGCAGGAAAGAGCAACUGUCCUACAGACGGAGUUUGAGAACGUUGUCCAUAACGAUAACAACUCUGUCCAAGCAGCCAAGAGAGCCUUGCAGUCCUUCCUACGGGCGUACACUGCCUACCCAUCCAACAUGAAGCACAUCUUCCAUAUCAAAGCCCUGCACCUGGGCCACGCUGCCAAGAGCUUCGGCCUAAGGGAUGCCCCACAGGGCCUGGUCACUGCCCCUGCCAAGGGCUCCAACAAAGACAAGGGACAGGCCAAGGGCAAGAGACCUCUCAAGAAGUUUAGCACUGAAGAGCGGGUGGCCAGUCUCACGCGCUCCGAAUAUGCCAGUGGGAUUGAUGGAGACUCCGCAGCCAAAAAGAAGAAGAAGAAGAAAAGCCAAGCCAACGGAGAGGAGGACCGAGUGGAAUAGCUGAAAGGUUAUCCCCACUCACCCAGGACAGCUCUCCUAACUCCUAAACCAAUCUCUUGUCCCUAGCAGCUAUAGUCUAGACAUGUUUGUGACGGCCCCUCAUAGAUCUAAACCGAUCAAAUUAUAGUUGAAAAGGUAAUAACUCCACCUAGCCCUUUUUUAGAUUAGGUGGAGUAUCUGUCAUUUAAUAUUCCUUACGCCCAGUAUCUUCUCAUCUAAAAUGGUGCACCUAGAACAGGUGAAGGGGUUCUAGGGGUUGAUUUGUGAUUGUGCUGGUUGUGUAGCUUAAGGAUGGGUGAAUUCCAUCCUUACAUAACUGUUUAACCCUCUACCUUUGCAUAAUCACAGUGUGUCUACAGAAUUUAUCCUAGAACCGUGCUUGACACAAAAACCCCAAGUAUGGGGCACCAGAAGUUGACAUAGUGAGUAUAGUGUUUUUCUUUAGCAGUUCAGAACAGACUGACAGUCUCAGGUUGUGUGUAUUAUUUUAUAAUGAAUUGUAUGGUGAGCCACGCACCAUGGUCUAUCACGUCGACACAAGUUAAGUAUGUCACCGUUUCAUGAUAAGAGUAUGGUUGUUCUCCAGAAUGUCAGAAUUGUAUUUUCAGCUACUGCAUCGAUAGGAAUGUUGGUAUACAUCUGUGUGGAUACGACUUUAAAUGAACAUUUUCAAUUUUGAAAAUACAUGCCUGGUGUUGAAUUUGUUUCAUAAAAUAAACCCAGAUCAUGGAAAGUGAUAAAGGUAAUGAAACAAAAUGCAUUCAUGCGAUCUAAAAUGUUUCCGAAUGUCAGAAAUUAUAUAAUCAAAGUAUACAAAACAUUAAGAACACCUGCUCUUUCCAUGACAUGAGGUGAAAGCUAUGAUCCCUUAUUGAAGUCACUUCAAUCAGUGUAGAUGAAGGGGAGGAGACAAGUUAAAGAAGGAUUUUUAAGCCUUUAGACAAUUGAGACAGGGAUUGUGUAUGUGGGCCAUUUAGUGGAUGAAUGGGCCAGACAAAAUAUUGAAGUGCCUUUUGAACUGGGUAUGGUGGGUGCCGGGCGCACUGGUUGGUGUCAAGAACUGCAACGCUGCUGUUUUUUUAAUGCUUAACCUUUUUCCAUGUGGAUCAAGAAUGCGCCACCACCCAAAGGACAUCCAAGCUUACUUGACACAACUGUCAAAAGCAACUCUAUAUUAGGAAGGUGUUCCUAAUGUUUGGUAUACUCAGUGAAUAUGACCUCAUGUUCCGAUAAAACAAAAGAAAAUUACAAGUGUGAUCUUUAAAAAAAAACUUUUCACGUGUUUUUACAUUGCUACUUUUUCCAGGUGAAUACGGUCUUACAAAUAGGCUUUUUAAAAAACUUUAUUUAACUAAGCAAGUCAGUUCUUAUAUACAAUGACGGCCUACCGGGGAACAGUGGGUUAACUGCCUUGUUCAGGGGCAGAAUGACAGAUUUCUUUGCCUUGUCAGCUUGGGAUUCGAUCCAGCAACAUUUCGGGUACUGGCCCAACGCUCUAACCACUAGGCUACCUGCCGCUAUGGUUGGUUGAUUGAUAUGCUAUACAGGUAUUGGCGUUUGUGGGCUUUUAUUUUCAUAUGUAUCAAAGUUAAAUUCUGCAAUUUUAGCAGAAUCUUUUGUAAUACUACACAACUUACUGAAAUGACAGGCUAAGAAUGGACAGCGAUAGACUUAUGUGUUCAUCUUAUCAUAUUUAUCAAAUGCCUAAUCAGUGUGUCUUGUUUGUAAUGAAACUGUCCCUGUUUGCCAAAAAAUAAAAUCUGAUAUGUCA